AAAUCACAGAAAUUAUCCAGCGAAAGGCUAACGUGGCACAAUCAAAACAAGCAUUCACAGCGUCACCGCACCAGAUCUCACCGGACAGACUCCAAGUCCAACCCCCUCCCCCUCUCUCUAAGCUUCCGCUCUCCUUCUUUGUCCCCAUUUUAAUAUUUUUUUUCUUCAUCAACUAUAAUAUAUUUUUUUGGUCGUUGUUAUUUUCAUUUCACGCAACGCAAAAGACAAAUACGAAGCGAACUAUAAACACCAACCAAUAAACAUUUCCUCCAGAUCUACACAGUCUUCUGCUCGCUCUCUCUCCCUCUCUCAGUCAGAGGCCAUGGAGUCUCGUAGAUCCAAGGCCGUUCGUACACUGACGAUCCCGACGAUCUUUCUACUGCUCAUCCAUGGUGCUCAGUCCUUUUACCUCCCCGGAGUCGCUCCGGAGGACUUCAUCAAGGGAGAUGAUUUGAAAGUGAAAGUGAACAAAUUGACAUCUACAAAGACUCAGCUUCCAUACUCAUUUUACUCUCUCCCUUACUGUCGACCUGACAAAAUUUUGGACAGUGCCGAGAAUCUUGGGGAAGUACUUCGUGGUGACCGUAUUGAAAACUCCCCCUAUGUGUUUAAAAUGAGGGAGCCUCAGAUGUGCAAUAUUGUCUGUCGGUUUACUCCUGAUGCCAAAACUGUGAAGCAGUUUAAAGAGAAGAUAGAUGAUGAGUAUCGUGUGAACAUGAUCCUUGAUAAUCUGCCCCUAGUUGUACCCAUUCAAAGGCCAGAUCAGGAGGCUCCUACUGUUUACCAGCUUGGCUUUCAUGUUGGGCUCAAAGGCCAUUAUGCUGGGAGCAAGGAAGAAAAGUAUUUUAUCCACAACCACUUGGCAUUUACUGUCAAGUACCAUAGAGAUACGCAAACUGAAACAGCAAGAAUUGUGGGAUUUGAGGUUAAACCAUUCAGUGUUAAACACGAGUAUGAAGGGAAAUGGAAUGAUGCAAAGACCCGUUUAACCACCUGUGACCCCCAUUCGAAACACACUGUUGUCAAUUCCAACUCUCCUCAAGAAGUUGCUGAGAAGCAAGAAAUCGUAUUUACUUAUGAUGUAGAAUUCCAGGAAAGCGAUGUAAAGUGGGCCUCUAGAUGGGAUGCUUAUCUUUUGAUGAGUGACGACCAAAUCCACUGGUUCUCAAUUGUCAAUUCAUUGAUGAUUGUCCUCUUCCUUUCUGGCAUGGUAGCAAUGAUAAUGCUAAGAACCCUCUACCGUGACAUUUCCAAGUAUAAUGAACUUGAGACCCAGGAAGAAGCACAAGAAGAGACUGGAUGGAAGCUUGUCCAUGGGGAUGUUUUCAGGGCUCCAAAUAACUCCGACUUGCUCUGUGUAUAUGUUGGAACUGGCGUUCAGUUCUUUGGCAUGAUACUUGUGACAAUGAUCUUUGCUGUCCUUGGUUUCCUCUCCCCAUCUAACCGAGGUGGUCUUAUGACAGCCAUGCUCUUGCUUUGGGUCUUCAUGGGACUUUUCGCCGGUUAUGCCUCUGCUCGCUUAUACAAGAUGUUUAAGGGGACAGAAUGGAAGAAAAUUUCUUUCAGGACUGCAGUCAUGUUCCCAGCAGUUGUCUCUGCCAUUUUCAUUGUCUUAAACACUUUGAUUUGGGGCCAGAAAUCAUCCGGAGCUGUCCCAUUUGGAACAAUGUUUGCCCUGGUCUUUUUAUGGUUCGGGAUCUCAGUCCCACUUGUAUUUGUUGGAGGCUAUGUUGGGUUCAGGAAGCCAGCACUCGAGGACCCUGUGAAGACAAACAAAAUCCCAAGGCAGAUCCCAGAACAGGCCUGGUACAUGAACCCAGUUUUCUCGAUUCUAAUUGGAGGAAUCCUGCCAUUCGGAGCGGUUUUCAUCGAACUGUUCUUUAUCCUCACUUCAAUUUGGCUGAACCAGUUCUACUACAUCUUUGGCUUCCUCUUCUUGGUGUUCAUCAUCCUCAUCGUCACAUGUGCCGAGAUAACCAUCGUGCUCUGCUACUUCCAGUUGUGCAGCGAGGAUUACUUGUGGUGGUGGAGGUCGUACCUGACGUCGGGCUCGUCAGCGCUGUACCUGUUCCUCUACGCCACAUUCUACUUCUUCACAAAGCUUGAAAUCACAAAGCUGGUAUCAGGGAUGUUAUACUUCGGAUACAUGCUUAUUGCUUCUUACGCAUUCUUUGUGCUCACGGGUACCAUCGGCUUUUAUGCUUGCUUUUGGUUCACAAGGCUCAUCUACUCAUCCGUGAAAAUUGACUAAUAAACUCAGCCCCAGGGGAGCUUGCGAGCGGUGCUCUCCUCCCCCAGAAGACGCAACAAGAAAAAUAUCUCAGUAGUGUAAGAUUUUGCAAUUUAAAGUUGGAUUGUGCUUUUCGAAAAUGUAUCUUAUUGUGCUCAAUUUUGAACCAUGACAAGCCAACAUGAUCAUAUUUCUGUUAGAGUAUAUUUCUAUUUGUUUAUUUUUCAAGAGUUACCAAUUGUUACUUAGGGACCUUAUUAUUACUUACUCGUCUGUUUGUAUUUUCCGAUUUUCAUGGUGGUAUUUCCAUGAGGCGGCCAAGGAAAUGUCUUUUUAUUUUUA